AUGAAUCCUCAGCAAAUGUUGUCUCCUAUAGGGAGAUGGGAGGAGCAAAAUAGAAUCAGUAAGUUUUUCCAUCCGACAAAACAAAAUUUCGGCAUAAAUCGAAGGGCAGAUGCGAACACCCCAAUAGAAAUCAAUUUUGGACCAGUGCAUUUACGAUGGCAAGAUGGAUCUUGGACAAACUUAAAUCUUCCAGAGCAGCCUUCGAAUCCAAACCCAACACUACAGGAAAUUUCUAAGAUGCAAAGAGAAAAUGCACAGUUACAAGUAGAAUGUGAAAUACUUCUUCAUAUGCUAACUGUUUCUGAAAUGAAGAAAGUAAAAUCACAAAAUCGUCUCACUUCACUAAAGAAUCAAAUUGCUUCUAUCCUUGAACAGAUUGAGAAAGAAGAAGAAAACCAAGAAUAA